CGAGGCCGUCGCGGACGUACCGUACGACAGUCCCCUCAAGGCAUAUUGGUCUCGUCCCGCUCUUUUCCGCAUCUGUUUGGUCGAUCUCUUAGACUCGGUGCUAAACAUCUUUCAUUUCAUUGUACAGACAUCCCUCAAAAUGCCCAGCAGCAAAGUCAAGGCCUACGAGCUCCAGUCCAAGUCGAAGACCGACUUGACCAAGCAACUUAAUGAGCUCAAGACCGAGCUUCUUUCGCUGCGCGUACAGAAGAUUCUUGGUGGCUCGGCCUCAAAACUCACCAGGAUCAACAUUGUGCGCAAGUCGAUUGCACGGGUCUUGACUGUGAUAAACCAGAAGCAACGCCAAAACCUCCGAGAAUUCUACAAGAACAAGAAAUUUCUCCCUCUUGAUCUCCGACCAAAGAAGACACGCGCUAUCAGACGGAGACUGACCAAGCACGAGGAAUCAUUGAAGACGCUUAAGCAAAAGAAGAAGGAGACACACUUCCCCAUUCGCAAAUAUGCUGUCAAGGCAUAAGCGUGAAUGUGUUGUUGGCUGGGUGCGAGAGGGCCCGUCAUCAUGCUGGAGAUUUUUCUGUUUUUGCAUUUUUAUAUUUGUAUGCCCUACGCCUUGAUCAACUCGACAUGCAUGCUAUGCCAUGACUCCUUUCCCUGGAAGUUGAUCCAGCAUACUUCUUUGAGACAAAUGCACUGAUUGUGGCUUGACUAUCGUAUGAUCAGUACUAUUACCUGGGACAUGUGCACUUGGUGUCGCGACAUUACGGCCUCGUGU